AUGCCCAGUUACAGUAGCGGUUCUUCCGAAUAUGAAGACCCUUGGGCCUGUCGUUAUGCUCGAGCGGAUGCAAAUUAUGGGAUACUGGAAAAAUGUUUUUGUGGUCGUCGUCUCAUCAUUGAAGAGUCCACGGUUACGGCGACGUUCGGCAGAAGAUUUUACACAUGCCCGGAGAUUUUGGGAGAGGAGAAUGAUGAACACAUUUGGAAAUGGUGGGACGAAGCAGUGUCAGAGCAACUGUCGAUUGUAAAAUCCAGAAUAGAAGAGCAACGCGAGAUGAUGCAGAGGUUGUUCAGAGUUGAUAUUCCUACUGUUUCACAAACAGAAAUGGAGAGUCGUAUGGCUCAUAUGCGAAUGAUAAUGGAGGGCAAUGGGGAUGACAUUUCCGAGAUCAAGCUACUCAUACUCGACAUGCAACGAGAAACAGAUUGGUUGAAGCAGAUAAUUACAAACCGAUGCUCAGAUAUUGUGCUCCUUGCGUUAUUCUUGGUGUUUGCUGCGAUGACUCUUCUGUUUAAGUAA